AUGUCUCCUCACGGCGACAAAUCGGACGCUGCAGAAGAAGCCUUGGUUGCUGAAACUGAGAAGCGCCCCAUUUCCACCAUCCUCAUCGUCAUCGCUAUGCAGACUGAAGCUCUUCCUGUGGUGAACAAGUUCAACCUCACAGAGGACCCUGACUCCGUGUUCCCAAAAGGGGUCCCUUGGGUCCGGUAUCAUGGGUUUUACAAAGAUCUCCAUAUUAAUUUAGUUUGGCCUGGAAAAGAUUCAUCUUUAGGAGUUGAUUGUGUAGGCACAGUUUCUGCGUCUCUUGUGGCCUAUGCUGCCAUUCAAGCAUUACAGCCAGACCUAAUUAUCAAUGCAGGCACUGCCGGUGGCUUUAAGGCCAAAGGAGCAGGCAUCGGUGAUGUGUAUCUCGCAUGUGAUGUUGCUUACCAUGAUAGAAGGAUACCCAUUCCUAUGUUUGAUCUAUAUGGAGUUGGUUUACGACAAGCCUGUGUAUCACCCAAUCUUCAAAAGGAACUUAACCUAAAGGUUGGUAAACUGUCUACCGGCAACUCUUUAGAUAUGUCCCCGCAGGAUGAAGCAUCGAUCAUCGCAAAUGAUGCUACAAUUAAAGACAUGGAGGGUGCUGCUGUUGCUUAUGUGGCAGAUCUGUUGAAAGUCCCAAUCAUAUUUGUUAAAGCUGUGACUGAUGUAGUAGAUGGUGAAAAACCAACUGCAGAAGAAUUCUUGCAAAAUUUGUCAGCAGUAACUGCUGCUCUUGAAGAGAAAAUCACCCAAGUUAUCGAGUUUAUUAACGGAAAGUGCCUCUCUGAUCUUUGA